AUGAAUCUUAUAAUAUAUGCUAAAUAGACAUUAAUUAAAUACUUGAUUAUUAUAUAUUCAUAGGCAGAAUAUUUGUAUAAGCCAUAAAGAAAAAAAAUUCUGAAAGCAAUUGAAUUAAUUUAAAUAAUUAAUUAGGUGGGAGACAGUGUUUAACCGGAAUAUUUUAGUGAAAUAUAUAAAUUAAAUAUAAUCAAAUUUAUUUUUUUUGUUUUAAUAAUUAUUUGUAUUUGUAAUAAGAAUGAUUUGAAAUAAUCUGAAUAAUUAUCUAACUAUUGUAUAAAUAUUAAUCCUCUACUUAUAAAUGCAUUUUAAGUUUGA